UUUCCAUUUUCUCCCUUCUGCCUUCAACCAACCACUGUUAAAACUUCUUCCUCUUCUCCCUUCUCCCCUCUCCUUCCUCCUCCUCCGUCUCCAUCUCCAUCUCCAUCCUCAAUCUCAGCUCCAGACCCUCUUCCACGUCUCCAUCUCGGUCCCUCUUGCCCGUUCAAUGCGAGUUGGGUCGCUCAGAGGCCAGAAUCAGCUCCCGCGUCUUCCAUUUUUUUGGCGCCGCCGAUGAGGCCAAUCCGACGGAAUCUUCCAGCUGGGAAUUAGGGUUUUCCUGUGUGGCUUAUCCGAUACAGUAACAUUGGGUGGUACCUUAUCUAUUGCAAUAACAAAUUAGCUCAAAUGUCUGGAAGUUGGGAUGAAAGUUACGACCAUGGUAGCCAGUCUGAUGAUAGUUAUCAAUUUGAGAGACUCCAUAUGGAGCCCAUGUACGAGGCAUUCAUAUGCCCUUUAACGAAACAGGUUAUGCUUGAUCCUGUUACCUUAGAAAAUGGUCAAACUUUUGAACGUGAGGCUAUCGAGAAGUGGUUUAAGGAAUGCAGAGAGAGUGGAAGGAGACUGGUUUGCCCAUUGACGCUAAACGAGUUGAGAAGUGCCGAUUUGAACCCAAGCAUUGCCCUGCGGAACACCAUUGAAGAAUGGACUGCUAGGAACGAGACUGCCCAACUCGACAUGGCUAAGAGGUCAUUAACUUUGGCAAGUCCUGAAGGUGAUAUUCUGCGUGCAUUGAAAUCUAUCCAGUAUAUAUGUCAGAAGAGCCGGCUGAAUAAGCAUGUAGUGAGGAACAUGGGGCUUCUGCCAAUGAUUAUCGACAUGCUAAAGAGCGGUAGCCCUCAAGUCAGAUGCAAAGCUCUGGAAACACUUAGGAUCUCAGCUGAAGAAGAUGCCAAUAUUAAGGAAACAAUGGCCGAGGGUGAAAUUGUGCGGACCAUUGUAAAGUUCUUGUCUCAUGAACAAUCGAAAGAGAGGGCGGAUGCUGUUGCUCUACUUUAUGAGCUGUCCAAAUCUGAGCUCUUGUCUGAGAAGAUUGGCUCCGUAAAUGGUGCCAUUCUCAUCUUGGUGGGAAUGUCUAGCAGUAACUCAGAGAAUGUUUUGACUGUUGAGAUGGCUGAGAAAACACUAGAAAAUCUGGAGAGUUGUAAGAAUAAUGUGCGGCAGAUGGCUGAAAAUGGGCGACUGCAACCUCUUUUGACACAACUCCUCGAAGGAUCAUCAGAGACUAAACUGUCGAUGGCUAGUUAUCUUGGCGAACUUGCUUUGAACAAUGACGUAAAAGUUCUUGUGGCCAGAUCUGUGGGCUCGUCGCUGAUCAGCUUAAUGAAAAGUGGUAACAUUCAGUCAAGAGAAGCCUCUCUAAAAGCCCUAAACCAGAUUGCUUGUGAGACGAGUGCCAAGGUCUUGAUAGACUCGGGGAUUCUCCCUCCUCUUGUAAAGGACCUGUUCAUGGUUGGAGCUAAUCAACUCCCCAUGCGAUUGAAGGAGGUUGCCGCUACUAUCCUUGCUAAUAUUGUCAACUCGGGCAUUGACUUUGACUCUAUACCAGUUGGGUCCGACCACCAGACCUUGGUCUCAGAAGACAUAAUCCACAGCCUGCUCCACCUGAUUAGCAACACGGGCCCUGCAAUCGAGUGCAAGCUCCUUCAGGUUCUUGUUGGGCUCACAACCUCUACCUCUACAGUUCAUAGCAUUGUUUCCGCCAUUAAAAGCUCGGGUGCCACCAUCAGUCUCGUUCAGUUUAUUGAGGCUCCGCAGAGGGAUCUGAGGUUAGCUUCCAUAAAACUUCUCCAUAACCUCUCCCCUCACAUGGAUCAUGAAUUAGCCGAUGCUCUUCGUGGUGCCGUGGGCCAACUUGGGAGCCUAAUUAAGGUCGUGACAGAGAAUAUAGUGAUCACCGAGGAGCAAGCGGCAGCUGCUGGGCUUCUAGCAGAGCUUCCAGAGAUGGAUCUCGGCCUCACGAGGCAGAUGCUCGAUGAAGGAGCCUUCCAACAGAUCAUCUCAAGAAUCUAUCAAGUUCAUCAAGGAGAGGCCCGUGGAAUAAGGUUCAGGACUCCUUACUUUGAAGGGCUCGUGAGAGUCCUUGCAAGGGUUACCUCUAUUCUCUCCGAAGAGCCUGCUUCCAUUGAACUGUGCCGACAGAACAGCCUUGCUGCCCUCUUUAUCGACCUCCUCGAGCUCAAUGGGCACGACAAGGUACAGAUGGUGUCUGCCAUGGCACUAGAAAACUUGUCACAGGAAUCGAAGAACUUGACAAAAUUGCCUGAGUUACCGCCCCCGGGAUUCUGCGGGAUCAUCUUCCCAUGUUUCAGUAAUCAGCCCGUGAUAACUGGACUAUGUAGGCUCCACCAUGGGACAUGUUCCUUAAGGGAAACAUUCUGUCUCGUCGAGGGACAGGCCGUGGAGAAGCUAGUGGCCCUGCUAGACCACACAAAUGAGAGAGUGGUUGAGGCUUCCCUCGCAGCUCUCUGUACAUUGUUGGAUGAUUCGGUGGACAUAGAACGAGGGGUUUCAAUCCUGUGUGAUGCAGAAGGGAUAAGACCGAUUCUCAAUGUUCUGCUCGAGAAGAGGACCGAUAACUUGAUGAGGAGGUCCGUUUGGGCUGUGGAGAGGCUGCUGAGGAGUGAGGACAUAGCCCUGGAAGUGUCUGGAGAUCCAAACGUCGGCACAGCGUUGGUGGAUGCCUUCCAGCAUGGAGACUACAGAACCAGGCAGGUCGCAGAGCACGCCCUUAAGCAUGUUGAUAAGAUACCAAACUUCUCUGGGAUCUUCCCAAACAGGGGAUAGUCUCGGAGCUUUGCUGUGUGUAGUAUGUAAAUCAAUUUUUUGGACAGUCUGUUGUAGUCAAUUUUUCAUACUAUGUUUAAGUAGAUGACAUUUACUUACACGGGAUGUCUCCGUAAAGGGUUUUCGAGGAGUCUCGGUUGCUGUUUCUUUCUUUCAGUUUAGCUCUGAUUUACCGUACUGUAUUUAUGUAUGUAUGCAAGUGAAAAUGUCGUAAACUUUUUUGCAGAAAGAGCUCUGUUGCUCAGUUGCUAUUUGCAGAACGUGCUUUGAUGUGA